AUGGCUGCCGUACUGCUGCAGAGCGAGGUAGCUGCGGGGGUAGAGGGUCACACGGACGAGCAGAAGGAGAAGGGGGAGCGGACGCAGAAGAGGGGGCAGAAGGAGAAGGGCGAGCAGAGGGAGAAGAGGGGGAGGAAGAAGGGACUGUCUAAGGAAAAUGGAGGAGAAGAAGAGGAGUGGGGCAUGAGGGGAGAGUGUAAGGCAGGCAGAGGGAUGAGAAAGGGUGGUAGCACAGGGAAGCAAGAGCAGAGCAGGAAGCACAAGGGACAAGGCACAGGGAAGGAAGAGAGUGGGAGGAAGAGCAGGCAAGGAGAGCCGAGGCGAUUGCAAGAGCAGACCAAGAUGCAGCAGCACCGGCAGCAGCAGUCCCCCAUCCCUGCCAUCCCCCCUCGUUCCGUCUCUACAAGCUCCAUCCCCACUCUCACUCCUGAAACCCACUCGCUUCCAUCUCACGCGUGCCAUUCCAUCUCACCACCCUGUGCCUCUCUCUCGCACUCUCCUGAGUCCGAGUCCCCCAUCCCUGCCAUCCCCACUCGUUCUGUCUCUACGAGCUCCAUCCCCGCUCGCACUCCUGAAACCCACUCGCUUCCAUCUCACGUAUACCAUUCCGUCUCACCGCCCUAUGCUCCUCUCUCACACGCUUCUGAAACCAUAGCACCCUUUCCGACCUCCCCAACAGCCCCACCCACACAGCCCUACCAUCCGAGCUCCACGUCAGGCGAACCACAUUCUUACAAUCCGUUAUCAUCACACCUGCACCAGUCACACCUGCACCAGUCACACCUGUACCAGCCACAUCCAUACCAGCCCGUGUCAGCUCAUCCGUUGGCUCUAUCCCACACCCACUCAACCCUCUCCCACGCAAUCACAACCCCAUCCCAUGCGUUCACAUCCCACGCACUCACAUCCCACACAGUCACAGCCCCCACCCCCUCCCUGCUCGCCCUGCGCUACGUAACCGCCCUGGAGGAGCGAAACCGCCUCUCAGCAGCCAAGCUCUCUCAAUCCGCCCUCUCAGUGUCCCUCCACGCCCAACACUUAGCCGCCACAGACCGUUCCAAUCACCUCAUGGCUCAGAAGGUCGAGCUUUCCAAAGGGGAGAAGGUGAGGAGGGAGCAGGAGGGGCGGGAGAGGAGAGGUCGGGAGGAGCUAGCUGGGUUUGCCAGGGCGUGUGCGGAUGAGUUGGUCGCAGGGUUGCUGGUGAUGCUGGUGGUGAUUGGAGCGACUGGGUGGAGGUUUGCAGGGGAGAGGUUAGCUGCUGGUGUGGCGGCUUGUCAGAAUCGGCACGAUCCUGCGUUGGACGCUUCGUCUUUUCUCGGGGUUUCGUUCUCCCGCCCGGACCGGUCGCUGGUGACAUGGCUGCGUCUGAUUGGGUGCAAGCUGACUGUUGCCGGGCAGAUGCUGCUGGCGUUCCUGGUCACGUUGGCUACUACUUAUAUCAUGUUGCUCAAUAACGUGGCUGCUGCUACAGGGGCGGGUAGUGCCCACUCCCGCCCGGCUACCACCAUAGUGCUGUGUCUGGGGUGCGUGUGCGGUUACUUUGGGUUCUAUGCGGUGCGGCUGGCAGGGGGGGAUGCGGUGGUGUGGCUGGUGUGUUGGGAGGGGCUGUGUGUGCUGCAUGCCAUGGUGGCCUGGCGGAAAGAGCAGCUGUUUCGAGUGCUGUAUGGGCGCAGGGCGGAUAACAGAGGGAAUACUGGGAGGGGCAGCACAAGGGGCGUGAGUUGGAAGGGGCACGGCAUUGGGAAGUUGGUGGGGGGCGUGUGGAGGCGGAUGGCUGAGAUCGUGACAGCUGUCAUGGAUGAUGACGUGGAUGGGCUGGUGAUGGGGCGCUGGUGGGCGGCAAACAGGCGAGGGUCGGACGACGUUAUGCGCUUUAUUGGAGCGCUCUUUAGUGAGGUUUGGAUGAUGGCAGCAGGUUGUGUAUGGCAGUGGGAGGCCAGGGAGCAGGAGCGAGGUUGGGAUGGGUUGAAUGGGCAAGGGUAUGGACACAGCAGCCUUCUUGGUGCUUCUGCUCCUAAGGCUGGUGUGGGUGCAGAGUCGUUUAGCACAGCAGGUGCAUCGGCAGGGGCUGGUGGUGGUGGUGGUAUGGCACGAUACUGGGAAGAUGAUUUGUAG